AUGGCAUCGGCUAGUCGGACGUUCACUGCGGCAAGCGGCACAACAGGCUUCUUCCAGGAGAAUCCAGUCGUGCGCAGUGCCUUUGAAGAAGACGAAGCACUCAAAAGAGUGUUCAGAUUCUACCUCCCUUCGAGAACUCAGAAUGCCAUCUCCUCGGACCUCAACAACAUCAGUAAUCUGGUGCUGUCGAGAAAGGUCCUCAACUGGUGUGCCGAUGCCGAACGCAACGUUCCGUACAUUCGCAGCUACGACUCUUGGGGCCGCCGCAUCGAUGAUCUGGUAACAUCGGCAGGGUGGCAGAAUCUUCAAGCGAUGGGUCAAGCAGAGGGAAUGGUAGCGUGCGGUCAUGAGCGGACUCAUGCUCAAUACAGUCGAGUGCAUCAAUUCCUGAAGGUCCACAUCUGGACACCGAGUUGUGCGUACACGACAUGUCCUGGUGCCAUGACGGACGGAGCGGCGAGGUUGCUCUUCCUGCAGCUGACUAAGGGCAACUCCGAGCUGGGCGAAACGGAGAAGGAGAUCUUCCGGAAUGCUUACGAUCGACUCGUCUCCCGCGAUGUUGAGAAAGCAUGGACCUCCGGCCAAUGGAUGACUGAAAGACCUGGAGGAAGCGAUGUACAAAACACCGAGACUCACGCAACUCUAGCUCCUGCGAAUACUCCUAUAACCCUCGACGCACAUGGAGACCAGCUCGGUCCAUACUCAAUCUCCGGCUUCAAAUGGUUCUCCUCCGCAACCGAUGCCAACCUGACAGUCCUCCUAGCCCGGGAGUCAACAGGCGUGAUUUCAGCUUUCUUUGCACCAACCAGACGCAUCCUCCCAAACACUACCGAAUCCGAGUUCAACGGCAUCAGCAUCCAGCGUCUGAAGAACAAGCUCGGUACUCGUGCCCUGCCAACCGCAGAACUGGUGCUCAAAGACAUGCGAGCCUGGCGAAUCGGCAAGUCUGGACAAGGAACCAGGGAAAUCAGUACAAUUCUGAACAUCACGAGGGUGCACACGGCUGUUGGCGCGGUGUCGCAGUGGGGAAGAGGACUCAGUAUCGCGCGGGCGUUUGCGAGAGUUCGCAAGGCGAGAGGGAAGUUGCUGAUGAAUACGCCUGCGCAUGUGAGGACGAUGGCGGAGCAGCAUGUGCAGUAUCGGGCUAUGAUACAUCUCACAUUCUACGCUGUGGCUUUGCUGGGACUAUCAGAGCAAGGAGCAGGAUCGGCAGGGCAGGACUCGCCUUGUGAAGCCUCAUGUCUGGCACCGAGAGAAGCCGUGCAGUCUCUAUUGCGGCUUGUCACUCCGCUGGCGAAGAUGAUGACCGCAAAGGCUGCAAUCGCCGGGCUGGCAGAGUGUAUGGAGAGUCUGGGAGGAGUGGGAUAUCUGGAGAAUGAAGACGUGGCCUUGAACGUGGCCCGGUUGUUCAGGGACGUCAACGUGUUGAGCAUCUGGGAGGGCACUACCAAUAUCAUGGCGGAUGAUCUUGUGCGAAUUGUGAAAGGGUCGGCGGGCAAGGCGGUGCUUGAUGCUCUCGGCGGUGUUGUAUCGACGGUGCUGGAGAAGUGGAGUAAGCAAGCAAAGGCCCAACUCUGGGCUGAUGCGGUCCGUCCGAACUGGUCCCGGCUACGAACCUCGAUCGAGCAGAGUGGCCGCGAAGAUCUGGCCAUCGCAGGACGGGAGCUCGGACGAGAUCUGGGUUGGUUGAUCUGUGCGAUCUUGCUUGGAGAGGAUGCACUACACGACGGCGCUGAAAUUGCAGACGAGAUCGCUUCGAGAUGGAUCUUGCACGACUCAUACGAGAGUGGACGAAGCUGGAAGGACAAGGCGAUAUGGGACAGAAGGAUUGUGUUUGGCAUGGACUCUGUUGGGCCAGUAGCUAGGCUUUGA